AUGUCGACUGAUCAUCAAGAGGCUGAUAUCGAUUCUAUUGUUGAUAGAUUAUUAGAAGUAAGAGGUUCAAGACCAGGUAGACAAGUCACACUUUUAGAACAUGAAAUUCGUUAUCUUUGUACAAAGGCAAGAGAAAUUUUUAUUCAACAACCAAUAUUAUUAGAGUUAGAAGCUCCAAUAAAGAUUUGUGGAGAUAUUCAUGGUCAAUAUUAUGAUUUAUUACGAUUAUUUGAAUAUGGUGGAUUCCCACCAGAAGCAAAUUAUUUAUUUUUAGGAGAUUAUGUUGAUCGUGGGAAACAAUCACUUGAAACUAUUUGUCUUUUAUUAGCUUAUAAAAUUAAAUAUCCAGAAAACUUUUUCAUCUUGAGAGGUAAUCAUGAAUGUGCAUCCAUUAAUCGUAUUUAUGGUUUUUAUGAUGAAUGUAAAAGAAGAUAUAAUAUUAAAUUAUGGAAGACUUUUACUGAUUGUUUUAAUUGUUUACCAAUCGCAGCAAUUAUUGAUGAAAAGAUUUUUACCAUGCAUGGAGGUUUAUCACCAGAUUUAAAUUCAAUGGAACAAAUUAGAAGAGUAAUGAGACCAACAGAUAUUCCUGAUGUUGGUUUGCUAUGUGAUUUAUUAUGGUCAGAUCCAGAUAAAGAUAUUACUGGAUGGUCAGAAAAUGAUCGUGGUGUUUCUUUUACAUUUGGUCCUGAUGUUGUGAGUAGAUUUUUACAAAAACAUGAUAUGGAUUUAAUUUGUCGUGCUCAUCAAGUUGUUGAAGAUGGUUAUGAAUUCUUUUCAAAGAGACAAUUGGUUACAUUAUUCUCAGCUCCUAAUUAUUGUGGUGAAUUCGAUAAUGCCGGGGCGAUGAUGUCUGUAGAUGAAAGCUUAUUAUGUUCAUUCCAAAUCUUAAAACCAGCUGAUAAGAAACCAAGAUAUCCACCUUCUAAUGUCGCUAAUAAUAGACCAGGAGCGGCAGCAAGAAAACCAAAAAAGACAGGAAAGUAA